UCACUCCGGCGACGCGGCUCCCGUCAGUCUGCGCGGCUGCCCGCCCUCUCAUUGGCCAGAUUUGAGAAGAGGGGCGGGACCUCCCGGAAGUUGGGGGACGGUGCUGAAUUUGUCUCCUGGCCGGGGAGGAAGGGGAGCCUAGCACGAGGAGGAGUUGCCAUGUGGACCCCGCACUUGGGAGGGUCAGCCCCCCAGAGACUGGGCCGCGUGCUGGCCCCGCCCACUGUCUCCAGAGGGAAGUGCCCGUGGCCCCCUGCCUCCCCCUGCCACCCCCACCACGGCUCCCAGGCCAGGACUCAGAACAGUGCCGGGCCGGCCUCGGGCCGACUGAGCAAAGAGGACAUCCAGAGGGCCCGGGAGGCGGCCCGGCCCAGGGUGGGGCUGAGGCCCCAGCUGAGUGAGCGCGCCCAGGAGCGGAAGGUGCCCGCCUCCCGGAUCAGUCGCCUGGCCAACUUCGGGGGACUGGCCGUGGGCCUGGGUCUCGGGGCCCUGGUGGAAGUGGCCCGGACGUCCCUGUCAGGAGCGCAGGCCGGCGGGGGACGCGGCCCCGCCCCCUUCCUCUCGGAGGCCAACGCGGAACGCAUAGUGAAGACCCUGUGCACAGUGCGAGGAGCCGCGCUCAAGGUUGGCCAGAUGUUGAGCAUCCAGGAUAACAGCCUCAUCAGCCCCGAGCUGCAGCGCGUCUUUGAGCGGGUCCGGCAGAGCGCCGACUUCAUGCCGCGAUGGCAGAUGAUGAGAGUCCUGGAGGAGGAGCUGGGCAGGAACUGGCGCAGCAAGGUGGCCUCCCUGGAGGAGAAGCCCUUCGCCGCCGCCUCCAUCGGCCAGGUCCAUCACGGCGUGCUGCCCGACGGCACCGAGGUGGCGCUGAAGAUCCAGUACCCCGGCGUGGCCCAGAGCAUCCGCAGCGACGUGGAGAACCUCCUGGCCGUGCUGAAGAUGAGCGUGGCCCUGCCCGAAGGGCUCUUUGCUGAGCAGAGUCUCCAGGCCCUGCAGCGGGAGCUGGCGUGGGAGUGCGACUAUCGCCGGGAGGCCGCCUGCGCCCGCACCUUCAGGCAGCUCCUGGAAGGGGACCCCUUCUUCCGGGUGCCCGCGGUGAUCGAGGAGCUGAGCACGGGCCGGGUGUUGGCCAUGGAGCUGGCCAGCGGGGUGCCCCUGGAUCAGUGCCAGGGCCUGAGCCAAGAUGUCCGGAACCGGAUCUGCCGGGAGCUGCUGCGGCUCUGCCUUCAGGAGCUGUUCGAGUUCCGAUUCAUGCAGACGGACCCCAACUGGGCCAACUUCCUGUAUGACGCCUCCAGCCACAAGGUGACCUUGCUGGACUUCGGGGCAAGCCGGAAGUUUGGCUCAGAGUUCACAGACCACUACAUUGAGGUGGUAAAGGCUGCUGCCGAUGGGGACCGGGUGAGGGUCCUCAAAAAAUCUCAGGACCUGAAGUUCCUGACUGGCUAUGAAACCAAGGCGUUCUCGGAGGCCCACGUGGAAGCCGUCAUGAUCCUCGGGGAGCCCUUUGCCAGUGCCGGCCCCUAUGACUUUGGGGCAGGGGACACGGCGCGCCGGGUGCAGAGCCUGGUCCCCGUGAUGCUGCGCCACCGGCUGUGCCCUCCGCCGGAGGAGACCUAUGCCCUCCAUCGAAAGCUGGCGGGGGCUUUUCUGGCCUGCGCCCGUCUUAGGGCCAAUAUCCCUUGUGGGGACUUGUUCCAUGAAGUCUACCACAAUUACUGGGCUCCCCGACCCUCAGGCCGGGAAGAGAGUCUGUGCCCCCCCUCACUGCAGGCCCCAGGGACCUGAUGCAGCCCUCACCGACUCCUCAGAGACUCUGCUUGGGACCAGCCCAGAGCUCCCAGAGACGCCCAAGGAGCCCCUCCCUGGCCUGACGCUCAGGGAUUCCAGCUCCUGUCAGAGGCUGAGGGACCCUGCGGGGCCCCUCCCCCCCGGGACUCGGGGACCAUCCUCUCCCCCCAUCGCUCCCAUCUGGGGGAGUGGACCUCCAGAUGGCCUCCCACCCCCACCAGCUGUCUUAAGCCCAAUGGGCAGUUCAUUCAAUAUUACCCUAAAUAAAGGGGAACCUCCCUCCCUUUCUCCUA